AUGGCGGCCCACAGUACCCGAAACUGGGCGGGUCUGGCGUUUCUGGGGUUUUUGUUCGUGUCUGUCGCUGCUGUAAGCAAUGUAGAGGACCAGGUUGGGGGCUUCUUCAAGAGCGGCCACACAAAUAACUGGGCUGUCUUGGUUUGCACCUCCAGAUUCUGGUUCAACUAUCGCCACAUCGCCAACACUCUGUCUGUGUACCGCAGUGUCAAGAGACUGGGCAUUCCUGACAGUCAGAUCAUCUUGAUGCUGGCAGAUGACAUGGCCUGUAAUCCUCGGAACCCACGACCUGCUACAGUGUUCAACAAUGCGAACCAGCACAUCAACGUGUAUGGAGAUGAUGUGGAAGUGGACUACAGGGGGUAUGAGGUAACAGUAGAGAACUUCAUCCGUGUGUUGACUGGCCGCCUGCCCCCCAGCACCCCCCGCUCUAAACGCCUGCUGACCGAUGACAGGAGUAACGUCCUGGUCUACAUGACAGGCCAUGGAGGAGAAGGUUUCCUGAAGUUCCAGGAUGCUGAGGAGAUCUCUAACGUGGAGCUGGCCGACGCCUUCCAGCAGAUGUGGCAGAAAAACAGAUAUCAUGAGCUACUGUUCAUGAUUGACACCUGUCAGGCUGUGUCCAUGUACCACAAGUUCUACUCACCUAAUGUCAUCGGCAUCGGCAGUGCUCAAGUAGGAGAGGACUCCCUGUCGCACCACGUGGACCCUUCCAUCGGUGUGUACAUUAUCGACCGGUACACCUACUAUCUGCUGGAGUUCCUGGAGACAGUCAGGCCUGACAGCAAGAAAACUCUCGCUGACCUGUUCCGUGUGUGUCCGAAGCGUGUGUGCGUGUCGACCCCUGGCGUGAGGACCGACCUGUUCACCCGUGACCCCGGCUCUGUCCUCAUCACCGACUUCUUCGGCAGCGUGCGGAAUGUGGAAAUCACCACGGAGACGGUCACGCUACAGCGUAACGACACGCCGCAGACGUGCAGGUAG